CACACGCCCCCGCAGACAGACCGAGCGGAGGACACACCCUGCUCCAGGAACUGCGUGUGUGUGCCAGACUCCUCCUCCGUUCGGUUCGUUUCGAACGUAAACUUUUUUUUUGUUACUUAAUAAGGACACAGUCGUGUGUGCGUCUUUCUGUUGUGUGUCCGUGUUGUCUGUCCGUAAGUUGCAGCAUCAUGCUCAGGGCCGACUGCAGCACUGCAGACUCUUAUGAGGAACUUUUCCGUAAACUGGACUCGAACCGGGACGGACGAGUGGAUGUGUCCGAGCUGCGGGCGGGUCUCGCCGCGAUGGGGGUCCGGACCGGCCAGGGAGCCGCUCAGAAGAUCGUGUCCUCAGGCGACCAGGACAAAGACGACAGUUUGGACUUCUCGGAGUUCUCCAGGUACCUGAAGGAGCACGAGAAGAAACUGCAUUUGACCUUCAAGAGUCUGGACCAGAACCAAGACGGUCGUAUCGACGUGGCCGAGGUCCAGAGGUCUUUGUCUGAUCUGGGUCUGAACCUUAGCCGGGACGAUGCCCAGAAGAUCCUGCAGAGUAUUGAUGUGGAUGGAACCAUGACAGUGGACUGGAAUGAGUGGAGGGAGCACUUCCUUUUCAACCCUGCCUCCAAUCUGCAGGAGAUCAUCCGGUACUGGAAACACUCCACGGUUCUGGACAUUGGCGAUAGUCUGACCAUACCUGAUGAGUUCACGGAGGAGGAGAAGACGACCGGUGUGUGGUGGAAGCAACUGUCUGCCGGUGCGAUGGCGGGUGCCGUGUCAAGGACCGGGACUGCCCCACUGGACCGUAUGAAAGUCUUUAUGCAGGUCCAUGCCUCCAAAAGCAACGAGAUCAGCCUGUCAGGGGGCUUCCGGCAGAUGCUGAAGGAGGGUGGCUGGAGCUCCUUGUGGAGGGGCAACGGGAUCAACGUGCUGAAGAUCGCACCUGAGACUGCCAUCAAGUUCAUGGCCUACGAGCAGUACAAGAAGGUCCUGUCCAGUGAGCCUGGGAAGGUUAAGACGCAUGAGAGGUUCCUGGCCGGUUCUCUGGCCGGAGCAACCGCUCAGACUGCCAUCUACCCGAUGGAGGUGUUAAAGACCCGGCUCACUUUGAGAAAAACGGGUCAGUAUUCUGGCAUGGCCGACUGUGCCAAGAAGAUACUGAAGAAGGAGGGCGUGAAGGCCUUCUACAAAGGCUAUGUUCCAAACAUCCUUGGCAUCAUCCCGUAUGCUGGCAUCGACCUUGCUGUCUACGAGAGCUUGAAGAAUGUUUGGCUGUCACGCUACUCCAAAGAUUCAGCUAACCCAGGUAUCCUGGUCCUGCUGGGCUGUGGGACCAUCUCCAGUACCUGUGGUCAACUCGCCAGUUACCCACUGGCUCUGAUCCGGACGCGGAUGCAGGCGCAGGCGUCAGUGGAGGGUUCAGAGCAGCUAGCCAUGAGCCAAAUGUUGAAGAAGAUCUUGAAGAAAGAUGGCUUCUUCGGACUUUACCGCGGAAUCCUGCCCAACUUCAUGAAGGUCAUUCCGGCCGUCAGCAUCAGCUAUGUGGUCUAUGAAUACAUGCGUUCUGGACUUGGGAUCCAGAAGUAAUUCUGUGCCAGCAGACCCCCAGGAGGAAGCAAACGAAGCUCCUGUUGAUGGGAAUGAAAGUUUACUAAAUAAAAGUUUAC